AUGUCCGCAGACCUCUACCCCCAGUCCGCGUACACUACGCGCCCCGCCUACCAGCAGCGCGCAGACCAGCCGUACCAGCUCUCGACCUCCUCCAACGUCGCCUCCUACUCCUCGCAGCUCCUCCCCUCCCAGCAGUCCACAAUCUCCGACUCCCAGAGCGCCCACGACGCGCACUCCCAAUCACCACAGCGCGAGUCCCAGUCUCCCAAGCAGGAGGACAAUGGCUCCGUCCCAAAACAAGAGGGCACGCCCCAGCAGCAGCCUGCAAAGCCCCAGGCGACGUUCCUCACCAAGCUCUACGCGCUCCUCGAGAGGCCCGAGAACCACCACAUGAUCCGCUGGGAUCCCGCGGGCGAGCACAUCAUCGUCGAGCGGCCAGAGCAGCUCGCCCUUCACGUUCUCCCCAGCGUUUACCGCCAGUCGCGCUUUGCAAGCUUCUCCCGGCAAUUAAACAUCUACGGCUUCAUGCGUAAGGUCAACCUCCGAAACGUUGACCCCGCGAUCGACGACCCUGACGCGAGCACUUGGUCGCACCCGACUUUGAACAGGCACUCCCCCGCAGAGGUCGUCGCCAACUUCAAGCGUCGCGUCCCUCCUCGCCUCCCGAAGCCGCGCAAGCGGGAGAACGAGAUGCCUCAAAUUCCCCCACCGCGCUCUGCUAUCGGUAUGGGUCCCGUCCCGCUCUCAGUGCCUUCAGGGGAUUUAUCUCCGUACAAAGGUGGCCGUGCGCGCGGAUUCUCCGCCCCCGGCUCCUUCACGCCGCUCAGCCAGCCUGGCGCCCCUGGAUGGGGCACUAGCUACCCGCGUUCCACCCUCCCCCCUCUCAACGUGCCCUCCGACCCGCCGUCGCUUUCCUCGCACGGCAGCAUGUACUCCCACUCCUCUCAUACCCUGCACCCAGUUACCCCUUCUGAAGAUACCCAGUCCCCGUCUGCUUUUGGUUCGAUGAAUUAUUCUAGCGCUGGCCGUGAAACCAUGAUGCUCCCCUCGCCAAACUCACAGUACCAGUACUCUGAGCAGCAGCCUAGCUGGUUUUCGUCGACGGGCGCGUCGCCCGCCGCGCACUCUUCCGGCUCGCUCUCCAGUCUGCUGAACCCCAGCAGCAACAUGGGCAGCAGCUACUCUACCACCCGCCCCCAGCCUGCGGCGAUCAACACCUACACCUCCUCAUACCCUCAGAUGGGUCGCAGCCACCCGAGUGCGACUCCCGUUUCCCCUGACAGCCGACCGACGUCUGGCUAUUCGGCUGCCUCGUCUAUGUCGUCUCUCCCGACGCCGUACGAGGAGUCGAACGCCCACCAGUUCGGGCACCACGACUACUCUCGGCCAGGGUCUGGGCACCAUCGGCCGAUGAGCCCAUCGUCGUCGCGUCCGCCGUCGUCGAAGUCCUAUUCGACUAACAACGGGUCGUUGAGCAUUCGCAGGGAGCGGCGGCACAGCCAGGCGAUGUCGCCAUACCCCUCGCCCUACACCGAGCACCCCUCGCACCGCCCGUCUACCUCCCCUCACCCUGCGGACGAUCACUCCGGUAGCAACGGCAUCCCUCGUGUGCGAAGCAUGAUCCAGCUGCCCUCCGUCGACUCGUACUCGUUCAACCCCUCGCAGGCGGAGUUCGCGUACGCGGCGGUCGACGACGGCGGUCACGGUGGCCACGGACACGGCAUGUACGGCGGUCUUCCUGGUCAGCGGAGCGUGCGGCCGUCGACGAGCGCGUCGUCGCUCAGCACGAGCAGCUCGGCGGCGAACACACCGGGAGGGGACGGAUAUGGCCCGAGCGGGGGAGAUGCGGAUAUCACCCGAUAUUCACCCGACUACGGCUACGUGCAGAUGAACGAACACCUCCCGCAAUACGCUAAGGAACAGCUCUGAAAACGUCGUCGUCCUCGCAUUGCGGGGGCAUACAACGACAUCGCGCCAGUGGACUCGGCUCUCGUUUGGACUUUAUCUAUGCCACCCAUGCGUUCAUGUCCUGCAUCCCUCUCCCCUUGCCCCCCAUAGACGUCUCGGACUCGGCUCGGACCCCUCACUACAUGCGCCGCUGCUUGCCUCGUCUUCGUGCGCCGGUCGACUACUCCCCCCCUCGCUCUUCACCUUCUAUCAGGACGUCGAUGGACUUCGCGGACGGUCGCUUCGGAGGAUUAGGAAGAAGGACCCCGGUGACGGAACCGCACGGCUGUGCAGGACGAUCGCAGGGCCCGGCGUCAGCGCGGGAGGCCUUGCGGUGGAGGGUCGGCGACUAUCAUCGUCACGCCCUUCCCCGUCAGCAUCAUGCAUCGCCGAAGGGUGUAAGGUUAGAUGUCAUCGUGCGAACGAUUGACUUCUGCCAUUGCCCGGAUGGUGGCUGCUGUGCGUUGCUGUUCGCCGCGGCAGGUUGACGGGGUGAUGUGCGGGGCGGCGUUUGCUGGUCGUGCGGUGUUUUCUGGUCGCCGUUUUCUGAUGGCGAGCGCCUCGGACGCUUCUCUUUGUGUCGCUGCUGAGUGGUGGGCGAGUGUGCCUGCGCUGCUGCCCCUCCAUCUCAGUUGCACCAUCUUGUACGAACUCUCUUCUCCCGUCCGUCCAUCCCCCUAUCCAUCUAUCGUCGGUCUUUGCCUGAUGACCCGCACCGUUUAUUAUUCGCCGUCCGCCCCAUUCCUCUUCCCCGGUGCCCGCAGCUCGUUACCCCAUUCCUGCUUACCGCUCUUUCGUCCGCACCGGCCGUUGCUGUUUAGCAACGGUUGCGUCCACCCUUUACGUUUCCGUUCUCGCUGGGAUCUUUAUCACCACACCAUGUCUCAUAGUCUUGUGUCUGCGCUCGCUGUGUCGCUCUUCCGUUCGUUUGUCGCUCUCUCCGUGUGUAGUACUCUUCGCGUUCUCGACCAAUAGCUGUAUUUGUUGCCCUCUCCCCGCCGGGGCGCGCCCCACACUGCCUUCCCCUCCGGUCGCCCGCCCCGUCGCUGUAACACCUCCGCCCCCGCUCACGUCUCCUCUCGUCUCAUCGUCCCGCUCGCUCGCCCCGGUCCUCGCCCGCAAU